GCGUUAUUCAAUUACAAUAAGUCAAGGACUCCAAGCCUGUGUGACUACUGUUCGCCAUUGAGAGUGAGAUCUAGAUUGAGAGAAUCGAUCAUGACUAUUGUAUCCUCUCUCCUUCUAUCCGCUGCCGGAGGGGCAGUGGGUAAUGUGGCUUCACUCGCUACUGAUCAAUUGAGCCCCAAAAUCUUCUUCUGUUUCAGAAAAGAACUAGAUAAGCUCAAACAAUCCUCAGAUUUGAUUGGAAGUAUGAUACGUGAUGCUGCGCCAGAACCCGAAGAUCGGGAACCGUUGUCGGCUAUGGCUCGCUGGAAGAAGGAGCUUGUAACCGUAGCUUAUGCUGCAGAAGAUGUCGUGGAUGAAGUUCAAUAUGAAUUUGUUCGGAUCGAUCUAGAGGGGACAAUCCUCUGUAAGGACAUACGCAGAAUCUUCGUUCGUCUUCAGAUGGCAUGCAAGAUUGGCAACAUCAAUAAAUCCUUGGAUGAUCUCUACAAACAAGCAGCUGCUGUGGGACUGACAAGGAGUUCAAAUGGAGGUGCAUCAUCCAGUCAAGGUAUGCAGGGCAGGGAAACAACCUCAUUGCUUGAGAAACAUGAAUUCACCCGCAAUGAUGCAAUCAUUGUUGGAAGGGAUGAGGUUGUGUCAAAUAUAACUGCAACCUUGACCAACCCCAACAAUCAAGAAAAGAUGCUUUUGGUGAUGGCCGUUGUAGGAUUAGCAGGCUUGGGUAAAACAACGUUGGCUCGCUCGCUUACCAAGCAAGUGAAGCAACUGAAGGAAGGUGAAAUGAAAGAGUAUUUUGAUAUAACGCUCUGGGUGUAUGUAUCUAAAACUUUUGAUGUCAAAUCAAUUUUACGUCGAAUGCUGAAAUUAUGUGAGGAGACGACAGCAAACCCUGAAACUCUGGAAGAAUUGAUUCCAAGCCUCUGCAAGAAGUUGAAAGGGAAAAGGUAUUUUCUUGUACUUGAUGAUGUUUGGAAUGAGGUUCCUCGACUUUGGAAGAUUUUGGAGGAGCAUCUGCAGAAGCUAGAAUCUGCCAAAGGAAGCACUGUGAUUGUCACUACCCGUAGUGGCAAGGUUGCAGAAAUCAUGGGAACACUUCCUAAUUGCUAUCUAGGGACUCUUUCGGAUGAUCAGUGUUGGUCCAUAAUACAGGAUAGAGCAUUUAAUAUUCCUAAUCCUUCGAUAGAUUCAGAACAAGAGCGAAUCGGAAGAAAAAUUGCCGAAAAGUGUGCUGGUGUUCCAUUGGCAGCUAAGAUUUUGGGAAGCUUGAUGCAUUCUAAGAAUAGCAACGAAUGGAAUUCAAUUCUGGAAAGUCCUACAUGGCAAAACCAAAAGGAUAGCGAAAUCAUGCCGGUUUUGAAGUUGAGUUUUGACAAUUUGGAGUCACCAUUGAAACUAUGUUUUGCAUAUUGCUCAAUGCUCGAUAUGGGUUCCUUAAUAGAAAAAGAAGAGUUGAUCCAACUAUGGAUGGCUCAAGGUUUUCUCAAUCCUUCUCCUGGCCAAAGAACACAAAAGAUGGAGAUGGAGGAUAUAGGCAAUGAGUAUUUUGAUACUCUACUGCAAAAGUCCUUGUUUCAAGAUGCUACAAAGGAUGAGGAUGACGUCAUCACCGAAUGCAAGAUGCAUGAUCUUGUGCAUGAAUUUGCAAUAGAAGUGUCCAAGUGUGAGAGCUGGACACCGAACUUCAAUCAGAAGAUGGAUCAUAGUGAGAUUCGACAUGUUGCACGGAUUCCUACUCCAGAACUACAAAGUAUGUCAGAAACAAGUAUUGCAAGACUGCGUUCACUCUUUUCAAAUGUCCAGGUCUCUAAUAUCAUUUUCUCAAAGUUAAGAUCUUUACGUGUCUUAAGUUUCUAUGGGGUUUGGACUCAGAAGUUGCCAAAUUCACUUGACAAGCUGAAGCACUUGAGGUAUCUAGAUCUUUCCCGUACAAAAAUCAAAGAACUCCCAGAGUCUAUUGGCAAGCUCUACAACCUCCAAACAUUGAGAUUACCAUAUCUCGAUAAGUGUCCAAAGGAGAUUCAAAAUUUGAUCAACUUAAGGCAUCUAGAUCUUUCCCGUACAAAAAUCAAAGAACUCCCAGAGUCUAUUGGCAAGCUCUACAACCUCCAAACAUUGAGAUUACCGUGGUAUCUCGAUAAGUGGCCAAAGGAGAUUCAAAAUUUGAUCAACUUAAGGCAUCUAGAUCUUUCCCGUACAAAAAUCAAAGAACUCCCAGAGUCUAUUGGCAAGCUCUACAACCUCCAAACAUUGAGAUUACCAUAUCUCGAUAAGUGUCCAAAGGAGAUUCAAAAUUUGAUCAACUUGAGGCUUCUUUAUUUUGAUAAGAGAAUGAAAUUUGAGGCUGGGAUUUUGGGGCGAUUAACUGAUCUCCGAACAUUACGUAACUUCAACGUGGGUAAGGAGAUAGGUGAUCCUGCCAUUGAGGAGUUGAGUAGGUUGAACCAAUUGAGAGGCCACUUAGCUAUUGAUGGGCUAGAACAUGUAAGGGAUGAAGAAGAAGCAAAGAAUGCUCGCUUAGUGCAGAAGAGUCACUUACAUGAGCUGACAUUUAAAUGGACACACGGCGGGGUAGCUAAUGAAAAUCAAACUGAUGUACUAGAUGGCUUGGAACCUCAUGGUGAGCUGCAAAGGUUAAACAUUGAAAAUUUCAUGGGUGCUAGAUUUCCGUCAUGGAUAAUGAGUCUCCAAAAUUUGAAGGAGAUUCGAUUAGUUGGCUGCAACAAUUGUGAAGGAGUGCCGACACUCGGCCAUCUACCUAAACUAAGAUCUCUUAAGAUUAGUAAGAUGCACAAGCUGAAACGUGUGGGAGCUGAGUUUUAUGGUACUCGUACAACUUUAUUUCCAGCACUGAAAACAUUAGACAUCUCUGAGUGCAAAGAGCUCAUUGAAUGGAUGGAAGCACCAGCUGAAGGAGAAGUCGUGGUAUUCCCUUGCCUCGAAGAGUUAAAAAUCCGCCACUGUCCCAAUUUGGGAAAUGCUCCGAGUCGUUUUCCAUGUCUUAAGACGUUGAGCAUAGUUACUACGGGACUCACUUGCCUACCGGAAGGGAUGUUGAAAAAGAACACGUGUCUCAAGUAUCUGAGCAUAGGUGAUUGUGAUGAGUUGACUUGUAUUGCUCCUGAUGUAUUUGGCUGUUGCGAAUCUCUUCGAUCACUCGUUGUUAUCCUCUGUAAGAAACUAAGUCAUUUACCUGAUGGGCUAGACAAACUCCCUCUUCUUGAGCAGUUGAGAAUAGAACGUUGUCCCAGCCUCAAGUCGAUUCGGAUCACACGGGGCAUCGCAUCUCUCCGUGAAUUGAACAUCGAGAGUUGUGAGGGAUUAUCAAGCCUAGAGGUUGGGCUCCAGUACUGCACCUCUCUUCAGGAAUUGAAAUUCUGGAGCUGCCCCAAUCUGAUGUCAAUUCCAAUCACACAGUGCAUGCCGUCUCUCCGGACAUUGGAUAUCAGAUGGUGUGAGAGAUUAUCAAGCCUAGGUGUGCUCGACUACUGCACCUCUCUUCAGAAAUUGGUGAUUGAAAAUUGUGACAAUCUAACAUCAAUUCCAAUCACAGAGGGCAUCACAUCUCUCCAGAGCUUGAGGAUUGUUGGUUGUCAGAGAUUAUUAAGCCUACCGAGUGGGCUCCAAUUCUGCACCUCUCUUCAGUAUCUGCAAAUAACUCGUUGCUAUAGUCUAGUAUCGAUUUCAGUAUCAUAUCAUGUGUGCGACCACCAAGACUCAACGAAUCAACGGGAGGAAGUCUUUACAGGUCUUGUUCAGUAUUUGUCUAUACAGGAGGACUGCCGUAGUCCAGAAUCUAUUCCAGCUCAUCUCCGUCAGUCGUUGAUAUGUAAUUGUGGGAAAUUGAAAUAUGAGCCCACAGGAUUUCACCGCCUCACUCGUUUGAAGAAGCUGACAAUUGGUUCGUUCUGGAGGAAGCUGGACGCCUUCCCUGAUUUUCAGCUUCCACCACCACAUGAUUCACAACUUGAAAAGUUAGAGUUGUGGGGGUGGCCUAAGCUCAAGUCUCUGCCCCAACAAAUUCAGCACUACACUAGUUUAAAAACUCUACGGAUACAAGAUUUUGACGGAAUAGAGGCUCUUCCUGAGUGGUUGGGAAAUCUUACAUCUCUUGAGACUCUGACUAUCUGCUUAUGUUGGAAUCUCGAGUCUCUGCCUACACAAGAUGCUAUGAAAAGCCUCACCAAAUUGAAGAAGCUCUCCAUUUAUAGUUGCCCCCUGCUCGAGAAAAGAUGCACCAAGGAGACUGACCCCGAAUGGCCCAAGAUUUCUCACAUCCCAAAAAUUGAGUUUGACUGUUCGGGAAGGAACAUGCAUGCUGCGAAUUUACCAUCUUCUACAAGAAAUGCUGAGAAUUUAACAUCUUCUCGAAGAAAUGCUGUGUUGGAUUGUUUGCCAUGUUGCAUUCUUUAAAGAAGACUUGCAAUGAUAUAAAAAUAUAUCAAUACCCUGUUUGAUUAAUACUCAAGGGCCUGAUUGCCAUUUGCAUUUGUCAUCCCCUGCUGAUUUACAAGGAUUAGAUCUCUUUUAGCUGCAUCCUGAGUUAUCUCAAAUCAGUGGUGUGGUGACCUGAUUUUAAUCAGCAUCAGCUAUGAGAAUGACAAGUAUCCACCUAAAGUGGAAGCUAUGCAAACAAAAGAAGCACUGAGGAUAGCCUGCGUGAGGGUGCUGACUUCUUAAAUUCCAAACGUCUGCAUUGAAGCUAUGAGAGACCUCCCUGAACUACCACAGUUGGAUAUUCAUGGGGUUCAAGUUCGAGGGGAAACAUGUGCUUUGAGUGUUUGAUAUUUCAGUUGUACACGGUUACUUCCAUUCAUGUUCUACGUGCAACCAGUUUUUAAAAUCAUUGCUAUUUACUUACUACAGUUUUUCCAAGGGCUGGCUUUAUAGUUGUUUCCGCGUAAUUUGUAAUUUCUUACCAGGCUUUAUCCUACUCAAAUGGAAGAACAACUUAACUGGACCCGGCAUGGUGCAAACUCAGUUCAGAUUUUGUCCCCAGGAUCAAGAAAUUAGAGCACCCAAAUAUGUUCCCAGGUGGCUGCUGUUUGCUUGGCUCUUGCGAAGGCUGGUAACUUUGCCCUAUAUUGAGAACAAACUCCAUCUGCAUCUUGGAUAAGCCAUUUAGGCAAGCAUGCAUGGUUUCUAUCUAGGAAACAAGCCUUCUAUUACCUGCAAGCUGUAUGAACAACCUCCUGUCAGAUUCGUAUUUUUGUGCUCUCAUGGUGUGUUUCCAUGAAAGCUUAACGAAUGGAGCAACAAAGAGAGGACCUGGACAAUUUGGUACCGUGGGCUUGUUUAUGAGUUACUCAUACAUGGUUGUGGAGCUUAUUAUUGUAAGCUUCUCGGCACUUCUUACACUUUCAAGUAUCAAGUCGUAUUUCUGAGAUUUGAGCACUUAUAUGCUUGGCAGGGCCGGUCCUGAGCUUUUUGAUGCCCAGGGCGAAAAAAAAAAUUUGUGCCCAACUAGCCUCAAAUGUCAUAAUCUAAAAUUUUUUUUAGGAGCUAUUACAUAAAUAAACAUUACACAAUAGGAGGAACAUAAAACCAAAACUCUGUAAUAUAAAGGAGUUACAAAU